AUCAUAUGACUUGUACCAGUCGUUCGAUCAAAAUUAAAUUAACACAGUUUUGAUCAGUUUUGUUGAGAGGAGAUUGUGUGUGAGGAUUAGAAUUUAAUCUGAGAAGUCAUGGCUAGUCAAACUCAAGGAAUUCAACAACUUUUGGCAGCUGAGAAACGUGCUGCAGAGAAAGUUUCAGAAGCUAGAAAACGAAAAGCCAGGAGAUUGAAGCAGGCCAAAGAGGAAGCUCAGGAUGAAAUCGAGAAAUAUCGCAAAGAACGCGAACGUCAAUUCAGGGAAUUCGAAGCUAAACACAUGGGCUCCCGGGAAGAUGUUGCUGCCAAAAUCGAUCAAGAUACCAAGAUUCGAGUUGAUGACAUGAAUAAAGCUGUAGUGUCUCAGAAAGAACCUGUCAUUCGAGAGGUUCUGGAGCUUGUUUACGCGAUCAAGCCGCAGAUGCACCAGAAUUACCGUCAGUAUCGCCAAUAAAUGUGUUCGAUGAACGGUCUUACUUAAUAGUACCCAUGAAGUUGAAGUAUUUACUUAAUAGUUAUAAAGGCAUUCCUUUUUGUAUUAUAUGUUGAAGCAUAAACCGUACUAAAAUUUAGAGAAGUUAUAUACAUAUACUAAAAAAUUAUUGUAAAUUGUUGUAUCAUUGUAACUGUGUUACAUAAAUUAAACAUGAUAUUGUAAAA